AUGGAAUUUGGACACUCCAAAAACUUCUCUCAUACAGAAUUCUAUUUGAUCGGAUUUACAGACCUUUACGAGUACCGAACUCUCCUCUUUAUUCCCUUUUCCAUCCUCCUCGUUUUCUCAGUGACGUCUAACAUUGCUUUAAUCUUCGUCAUUGUGAAGCAGAGAAGUCUCCACUCCCCCAUGUAUGUGCUCAUAGGUUGCAUUGCUUUCGUUGAUGUAGGUGUCCCGCUGGCUGUGGUCCCGAGAAUGAUCUUCAGUUUUGUUUCCGAUGUAAAUGUUUUCCCUCGAAUAUUGUGCCUGAUGCAGAUGUGGUGGGUCCACUAUUUGUGCGCCUUUCAGUCCACUAUCCUGUUUGGGAUGGCCGUCGAUAGGUUGGUUGCCAUCUGUUUGCCUCUACGUUACAAUGAUGUCAUGAGCUACAAUAACUGUCAGAUCGCUUCUGCUGUGGUUGUGAUUCGUAAUACCGUCAUAAUAACAGCCAUGAUCGCCCUCGUUGGAACCCUCACAUUUUGCUCAUCCAAUGUAUUUUACGGGAUUCACUGUGAGCACCAAUUGGUGGUUACCAUAGCAUGUGGUGACACAAGGAAGAACUACUUGGCAGGUAUGGUCAGUUUCUGUGUGAUAGUGAUAUCUGACUGUUUCGGAAUCUUUUUUUCAUACAUGGUUAUUUUCGUGGUCAUAUUCAGGUCAGCAGGGGGAGUGUCUCGUUCCAAAGCCAUCCAUACUUGCACCACCCAUCUCACGGUCAUUGCCGUCACCUUCUUUACGUCCAUGGUUGCAUUUAUGUCGUUCAGGAUUCAAUAUGAAUUUGCGCAGGAUUUGCGUGUUGUAAUUAGUCUGAUGUAUCUUCUAGUUCCUGGGGUCUGUAAUCCGUUGAUUUAUGGCAUUAGAACCAAAGAAAUAAGGGAGCAACUUGUAAAACUACUGAAAUGUGGAAAGGUUAAGUGA